AUGCCCCGUCUUAAACCCAGACACGUCUCUGGCAUAGAGCAAGACCUGCUACAUCGCAACAAGCGAAUCAAGCUUUUCCUGUCAGCCAAUCAGGAAGAAGAGGCAUUGCUUGCCAACCCGCGGCACAUUGAGCACCUGAAUCAGCUCACAAACUCCGAGCUUCUGACUUUACGAGGAAUCGUGGUACAGUACGCAGGGCUGCUUGGCAUGACUGGAAUGCCUGCUCCUGGCGUGGUAGAGUUUCUGCUCGGGCUGACCUUUGACAACGGCUGGACCUCUAACAAACCCAUUGAAGAACGGCCCUUUUUCAUGACAAUCCGAGACAUCACGACGAUUGGCACCUGGACCAAAGACAUACUCACGCAUGCCCUUCAGCAAGGAUAUCUCCUUCCAAUAGGCAAGACCCGCAAUGGGCGUGAUGUGUACGGAUACGCGUCCUUAGCAGGCGGUGACGCGCCGAACGGCACCCACUUGCAAUUCAACUACGCGACCAUUGUGAACGGCACCUACGUCAAGAUGGCAUUGAGUGAUCUCGCGGCUCCUCGAGAUGAAGGCGUUACCAUCACCGACUUGAUCCGGUGCCACGACCAGUUCGUCAUGGACCAGGUGCUUUGUCACAACAUCCAAGCCGCCAAAUUCAUAGUGCAGCACCGCAUCAAACAGUUUGCGUCUGGAAAGAUGUUGGGUCUCGGAGUGACUGGAUGGAUGGAUCGCUUCGAGAGAACGGAGUCCCUCAGCAUCAAGAAACACCUCCUCGCCAACUUGUUUCCUCCGGCGAUCGCCCGGGAACUUGGUAAAGUGAAGAGUCGCUUUGGCUAUGACAUUUGCGACGUCAACGGCCUCAAAGAAUUUAAAGACAAAUUUUUCGUGAUAGCAAAGGGGUGGGAGAAGCCGUGA